AUGCCUUGUAAAGAUUGCUGCGAAAAACGUGGCAGCCCAGGAUGGGAAAACAAUUGUCAUAGUGCUACCUAUGAAGACUCGGAUGUAACAAGCAUUCCAACAGGUAGAAUAGGCAGUGUCUCUACUGCAAAUGAAUGUUGCAAAAAAUGCCUUGAUGAUAAGAAUUGCAUUCAAUGGUCUUUUGGAAAUAAUCCUGUUGGAAAUCCGCAAAUUCUGGUUAAUUCAUGUUUUCUUUUCUAUAAUAACCUUAUACCCGGUAUCUGUAAUAUGCCAUCACGAUUACUAGCAGAUCAAACUGAAGUACUUUUUGAUUGUGGGGUAAUUCGUUGUGAAAAUGAAGGUUGUUUUAGUCAUUAA